UUCUCUUCAGGGUUCUCCCACUAGGAAAAUACAUUCACCGUGUUCUGUUUACAGUAUUACGGUCGCGUCCAUCAUCGUCGUUAGGUAUACCCGUUUCCCCGCUCCUUCCGUUCAGUAUUAUUAUGUUCAGCACGAUUUAUUGGUGAUGUCCGUAAGCGUGGUGCGUUCCGGUGUUUUAGAAGGUUGCUUCGCGUGACGAUUAAUCUUAAAAGUGGCGGUCGCCGCAAGAAGACGCAGAUAUGAUUCCGUGUUACGCGACGGUUUAUGCUCUUUUGGUAGCCGUGCUCGGUGUCAGUGCUCUUCACGCGAAAGAUCCCUUGGCCCAUCACGGAAGAUGCGAACCGAUCACCAUCAAUUUGUGUAUGAAUAUACCGUACAACGAGACGAUCAUGCCGAACCUGAUGAACCAUCAAAAGCAAGAGGACGCCGGCCAAGAGGUGCAUCAGUUCGCGCCCCUGGUCAAGAUGAAAUGCAGCCCCGACCUUCGUUUCUUCCUAUGCACAGUUUACGCGCCUGUAUGCACCAUCAUCGACAGAGCGAUACCCCCGUGCAGAUCGUUAUGCGAAAGUGCUCGUGCAGGAUGCGAACGUUUGAUGAAUAGUUUCGGCUUUGCUUGGCCGGAAAAUCUCGAUUGUUCGAAACUACCCGAAAACGGUGGACCGGAACUUUGCGUCGGUCACAACGAGACCACACCACCGGAACCAUCGCCGCCGGUUUACCCUCCACCACGUAUGCCGGUAGCCGAAUUUCAACCAUCCUGGACAGGAGGCCCUAAACCUUAUGGCAGCGGAUUCACGCUCGGCGCAAGGGACUUUGGUUUCGUUUGUCCGAUGCAGUUCAAGGUUCCUCAAAAACUCGGCUAUUCGUUGAAGGUUGGCGAUAAAGUCGAGCCUGAUUGCGGCGCACCUUGCGAUGGAAUGUUUUUCACCGAACGAGAACGACGAUUUUCGAGGGUUUGGGUCGGUACAUGGGCAUCUGUUUGUGCAGCUUCUUGUUUCUUUACCUUCCUGACGUUUCUCAUUGACACUGAUAGAUUCAGGUAUCCAGAGAGACCAAUCAUCUUUUUGUCUGUGUGCUACCUGAUGGUAGCAUUAGCCUAUGUGAUCGGUUGGGCUGCUGGUAAUUCUAUCGCGUGCAGAGAACCCUUCCCACCUCCUUUAGAUAUGAGAAUUCAAAUGGCAUCAACUAUAACUCAAGGCACCAAGUACGAACUGUGCACAGUUCUGUUCAUGGUACUUUACUUCUUUGGAAUGGCAUCCAGUAUAUGGUGGGUGAUCUUAACCCUGACAUGGUUCCUGGCAGCUGGACUAAAAUGGGGCCACGAAGCAAUCGAAGCCAACUCUCAAUAUUUUCAUUUAGCAGCUUGGGCUGCACCGGCAAUAAAAACGGUUACGAUUCUCGCGAUGGGAAAGGUAGAAGGUGAUAUACUGUCCGGUGUUUGCUACGUCGGACUUUGGAACGUCGAAGCUCUGCGUGGAUUCGUUCUGGCACCAUUAUGCGUCUAUCUUAUCCUUGGAACUGCCUUUUUAUUAGCCGGCUUUGUUUCCCUCUUCCGGAUACGUACAGUUAUGAAACACGAUGGUACAAAGACUGACAAACUAGAGAAAUUAAUGAUUCGUAUCGGCAUAUUUUCUGUACUAUAUAUAGUUCCUGCAUUGAUUGUCAUUGCUUGUUUAUUUUACGAGCAAGCAUAUUUUGAUCAAUGGAUGUUGACCUGGAAUAUGGAGAUGUGCUCGAGGCCGGGACCACAAUCUUUGUAUUCCAUGCCGUGUCCCGUUGGCGAGCGUACCCGCGAUGUCGGUAGGAGACCAGAGUUCGAGGUAUUCAUGAUAAAAUAUUUAAUGGCUAUGAUUGUUGGUAUCACAAGCAGCUUUUGGGUAUGGUCAAGUAAAACGUUGACCAGUUGGCGGCAGUUCUUUCAUCAUAUACAAGGACGACGCGCUGAAGCGUAUGUUUAAAGACUUUUAAUUCAAUCAAAGUAAAAGAUCUGCCUUUUUCAAUCGCAUACAAGGACAACGCGGUAAUGCGUAUGUUUAAAGACUUAAUUCUAUACAUAAAAAGAGAUUAGCCUUUUUUAAUCACUAUAUCUAAUCAUUAACUAAUCGCGUGCUCAAAUAAAAAGUAAUUAAAUUGACAAGGAAAGUACGUAUUUUAUUGCUGGUAAUUAAAAUGUCCAAUCUAUAUGAAACAAAAAUAUAUCUAGAUUUCAUUUAUUCUAAGAUCUGAAUACAGAGACGCGCAUUUCAAUGUAAUUUUUAUAUAUUACCAGUGCAUUGUAAAGAGCAAUGAGGAUUAUAUAAAAUGUACUGUGCCAAAAUAUUUUUUUACCGAUUGUAUGUUUGUUUAAGCUAUUUGUGAAUUCUUUUUGUUGUAUUUUUAUAAAAGUUGCAUAAGGACUGUAUAAAAUGUUAGAGAACUAAUCGUCGCAUUAGUUUGCAAGUAUUAUUA